AUGGCAUCAAAAGAUCGCAACUCGAAACCUGCGUCCGCAGCAGUGAACUUGAUCGAUACCGUAAAAGUUCGCAUGCAACUUUCAAGGAAAGCCCGCGCACCCGGAGUUAAACCACGUGGAUUUAUUGCAACGGGCAAGGAGAUUGUGCGCAGAGAGACCGUCCUCGGCUUAUACAAGGGUCUCGGGGCAGUGUUGAGUGGGAUCAUACCGAAGAUGGCCAUUCGAUUCACCUCGUAUGGCUGGUACAAGCAAUUUCUUGCGGACAAGGAAACAGGAAAGCUGAGUAGCUCUCGGAAUAUGCUUGCCGGACUUGCCGCAGGCGUUACGGAAGCUGUGGCCGUCGUCACUCCGAUGGAAGUCAUCAAAAUCCGUCUGCAAGCUCAAAGCCACAGUUUGGCUGACCCACUUGACACCCCGAAAUACCGCAGCGCGCCACAUGCUCUCUUGGUGGUUUUGAGGGAGGAGGGAUUCGGCGCUCUGUAUCGCGGAGUGUCACUCACUGCUCUCCGACAGGGCACAAACCAGGCUGCGAACUUCACCGCAUACACAGAAUUGAAGAAGUUAUUGCAAGGAUGGCAACCACAGUACAAUGAACUGCCAUCCUAUCAAACUAUGGUCAUCGGUCUCAUUUCCGGUGCUAUGGGCCCAUUCUCCAACGCGCCCAUUGAUACGAUCAAAACCCGGUUGCAGCGCACACCGAGUGAGCCCGGGCAGUCGGCCAUGUCACGCAUUGUGUCCAUUUCCCGUGAUAUGUUCAAGCAAGAAGGUGCUAGAGCUUUCUAUAAGGGUAUCACGCCUCGAGUUAUGCGAGUGGCGCCCGGCCAGGCUGUCACUUUCACAGUGUACGAGUUCUUGAGAGAAAAGCUGGAAAAAUCCACCCUCCCCAUCGUGGGUGGAAAAUAUGAGGAAUAA